AUGACAUUAAACAACUCAUAAUUAAAUGAUAAAAUCAUCUGCCAUUAUAAAUAAUCAUUUGAAAACUUAAAAGAGCUUAAUGACCUUAGUCUUACAAUAAACUCUAAUGAAUACUUUGAUAAUUAAUAUUUAUUCUCAAGUUUAAUAAGACACUGUCCCUAUAUUAGUUAACUAAGACUGCAAUUAAAAACAAUAUAAUUAACAGAUGCUUUAUAUUAAGAACUAUUUGGAGUUUUACAAAGCUUAAAAUAUUUAAAAUAAAUUAAUUUUAUUUUUGAUAAAGGGCAUUGUAUGUAAUUCAAUUAUUAAAUUUUAGGAAGCAAUGUAAGAAAUUUCUCGAAUUUAAAUUAUGCCAGAUUGAGUUUUUAAAAUCUCAACAGCUCUUAAAAGAGUUUAAAAUUAAAAACUGAUAUAAUUCUGUAAAACGAAUCCUUAAAUUCUCAAAAGGACACAACAGAAGAAAUAAAAAUUUAAAAAAGUAAUUUUUUAGAUUCUUAAAUUCAAAAAAGGUGGCGAAGCAGGAAUGUCUAUUAAAAUAGAAGUUAGUAACUACUUUAGCAAAACUUAUUUUUCAAAAAGGCAAUCAGAUUAGUAAAACUAGAAGUUUAAUGA